CAUGAAUAAGUAAAUGAUUACAAAAUGCUGUGUUAUGUAAGAGACUGUGCUCAUAAAUAAUGUAUGAUUGUAUGCGUAGUGUACAGUCGUUUUGUAACAUUAAUUAAAGAUUUUGUAGAAACUGCAGGCAGCAGAUGGUGUCCUAGGGGAUCUCCUUCCAGACCUGUAUCAGGGCAUCAGUGAGCUUCUGGAUAGUCUGUGGUGGUUCUUGGUGGCUUGAGAUGCACUGAUGCAGAAUGUACCAUAUGUACUCAAUAUAAAUUAAGCUCAGUCUGUGAGUGUCUAUGAGGUCCAGUCAGGGGCAUCAGUGCUCUUAACACGCAGCCACGAGACUGGGAAUUAUACAGGAGAAACCCAGGGCCCAGUGCACCAGUACUUCACAGGAGUCCGGGUACUGUAGGUGACCCACAUCCCUCCCCAGACAAUCACUGAGUCGUCACCAAACGGGUCAGCGAUGUUACAGACAAGUUUACCACUGCAUCUCAUGUUUGUGUUCAGAGAGAAUCAACUGCAUUGUAAAAAUACACUCCUGGUACCUUCCACGUCCUUUGACCUGGGUGCUGGACAACAGCAAACCUUGUGACAAUACAAGUACCACAUCAUGCUGCUGGCAGUGACAAGAACAUUAGCCAAACAUUACCCUCGUUUAGUAGGAGCGAGCGUCAAUCUGUGGGAACCACAAGCAAACAAUUCACCACUUUAUUAAACCAAAACAGCUAACACAGGUUCAAUCACUUAACUGGAUGGGCUAAUACUACAAUGAUCAAACGAUCCCUUACUCGUUUGAAGGUGUGCUUAGCUUUCAUAAGCACUAUAUUCAUAUUUUAUAAAUGGGGAAUUAAUUAUUAUUUUUUAAUCAUAAGCUACUAUGUCAAUUGGCAUGUAAGUGUUUAUGAGUUGUGAUAAUUAAACACUUUGUAUGUGAAUGCGUAAAUAUAUUUGAAUAAUAUGCCCUAUUCCUUGUUAUUGUUAUUAUUAUGUCCUCGUGAUCUUAGGUCAAAUUGAGCUGAAGCAUGUUCCACUUUAAGCCUUUAUUUUGAAAACCAGUGAUUGACGUGCUUUUAUUCUUCCCUGCGAACGCGCACGAGGCGGAGUUAGACCGGGACCUACAGCGGUGCUCCAGUCCAAACCGGGAGCUGCUGCUGCGCGCGCCCGCCCGCCCGCAUCGCCAAGCUUCGGAGAACUGUCUGGACCGUCCUGCGGGGUUUGACGCCACCGGUGCCGCUCAGUAAACAUGUAACGGGCCCGUUCGCCACCUCGACGCUCCCACCGGGACCAGGAACAUGGACUCCGCUGGGAACAAGCCCGUGCGCAAGUUGCGGCUCUGCGCUCUGCUCUGGUGGUCGCUCCUGGUCGAGCUCACGUCGGGAGCUUCCUUCUAUGGCGAUGGCUUUGUGCAGCUCAAAGCAACAGAGUCGUCGGACCGUAACGUGCUCCGGCUUCGCUUCCGAACCUCCAGCACCAACGGCCUGCUGUUUCUCGCCGCGGGUCAGACAGACUACUUACUGCUGGAGCUCCACGCCGGGCGCCUGCAGCUCAAAUUGGAUCUUGGAUCCGGAGAGCAAGUGUUACAAUCAGAGCAAGGAACCCAGCUGAAUGACCUGGCCUGGCACUCUGUGGAGGUCCAGCAUGUGCAGCACAAUGUCACUCUGACUGUGGACAAGAACUCUCACAUGAGCGUCAAGAUGUCAGGUUCCCAUCAGGAUCUCAACAUUGUGGAUGGUCUCUAUGUUGGAGGUUCAGGAGGUCUAGACAAACUUUAUCUCCCUAGAGACCCGAUUGGCUUCCGCGGUUGCAUGGAUGACGUGCACUUCAAUCAACAUGACUUGCUGUCAUCCUUGAGGCCAUAUACGGGUUUCAAGAAUGUCUAUGAGGUGUCCUUGGGCUGUAGCCCCCAAUUCUUUGCCACUGAGGAGGACCCUGUCAGCUUUUUUAGCUCCAGGGCUUACAUUUCUUUUCCAACUUGGAGCACCCAACAUGAAGCGGUGUUCGAGUGUGUUGUGCACACUUCAGCCAAAGAAGGAAUAAUGCUGUACAGUUCAGCCAGAGAGGGGAACUUUGUUUCCCUAGAGAUUCAGGAAGGCCUGCCAGUGGCCAUUCUUGGGAAAGGUGGAACCAAAACCGAGCUCCGUUCUCUGACGUCCAUCAGUGACAGGAAGUGGCAUUCUGUCAAAAUGCAUUUCAGUUCAAAAGGCCUGGAGCUCACUGUUGAUGGAGAAACGGUAAAAAGCAGCGUUAUCCCUCGUUUAAAGGGGCUCCAGCCCAAAGGAUUUCUGUUUUUAGGGGGUAUUGAUGACAGCACUAGAACAGAAGUCAGAAAAGUGGGCCUUGCCUCUGUGUCUGGAAAACGAAUCAGAGGAGGUUCCUUCAAGGGAUGUUUAAAGAACAUUGAAGUCAAUGGAGUGAAGAUGGGUCUCUCUAAUGCUGUAGUCACAAAGGAUAUAUCAGUUGGUUGUGACCCAGAGGAGGAACCCCAACCAUCAACCACUGUGAAUCCAACAAGUGCUGCAGGUUCCCUUUCUCUGUUGGUGACACCAACACCAUCCCUUCACGUAUCGACCCUCGCCAGGGGCUUGGACAGUAGGUACGGUUUGAAUUUUGUGCAUUUUAAAAACCUUGUGGUCCAGGAGGGGGGUCGAGCCUCGCUUGAGGCCAAACACAUUAAGGUACUUCUAGACUUCAAGAAGCUCGGCAUCAGACAGUCUCAGAUAAUGUUCAGGAUUCGGGAGCAGCCAAUACAUGGUCAGAUAAGGCUCGAUGUCGACCAGGAUCAAGAGCAGAACACUUUCGGCAUGUUGGACCUUUGGCAUGGACGAGUAAUGUACAUCCAUGGUGGCUCUGAGGAAGCAAGCGACUUCUUCAUGUUUUCUAUUCAUUCUAGCAGUAGAAAACAAGUUCCUGAUUAUCUCAAGGGCAACAAAUUGUAUCGCUAUAAUAUUACUGUAACACCCACCAAUGAUGCACCUGAACUGAGCCUGCCUGAAGGAAAUCUCUUUGUCCUGUUGGAGAACUCAAAGAAGCGCCUCACCACUGAUGUUCUAAAGGCCACGGACAUUGACAGCAGCUACAGCGACCUUACCUUCUCCGUUCUUGGGAACCUGAAUGCGGAUGCAGGAUAUUUGGAAAUUGAGAACAAACCUGGCAAAGCAGUCACUUCCUUUACAUAUACAGACUUAGAAGAACAACGGGUGUUUUAUGCUCACACAGGAGUUCGCAACUCGAGGAUAGUUCUUAGAGUCAGCGAUGGGGAAAAGGUCAGCAACACUGUGGUUCUAAGGGUCAUGGCUGUAGCGCUGGAGUAUAAGAUUGCCAACAACACAGGUCUGCAGAUUGUUCAAGGAGAGACAGCUGUAAUUGGUUCAAAGCAGCUGGCUGUGGAAACGAAUGCAGUAAAACAGGCUGUAGACAUUCGGUAUGAUAUUAUAGAACCACCUCAGUAUGGAGAACUCCAGAGGCUUCACUCAAGUGGUGAAUGGAGGCUGACUGACUCGUUUUCCCAAAGGCUCUUAGAGAAAGAACGCUUGAGGUACGUUAGCACGUUCCAGGACAUCCAGACAGUCAAUGCCACUGAUUUCUUUAAGUGCAAAGUUACUGUGGCUGCGAAGGCAAACACUGAAAUACUCUUCCCAGUCACUGUGAAGUGGGUGAAGUAUCACCUGGUGAGGAACAUUUUGAUUGACUUAGACAAAGUCAGAAAAGCAACACUGGACGCAGAGCACCUCUUUGCCACAGCUGAAGGCGUCUCUCUCUUAGAGGAUGACCUUUAUUUUCGAGUUCUGACCACGCCGAAGAAGGGGAAACUCCUGCUCGACGCCACAGUUUUAGGAAAAAACUCAACCUUCAGCCAAAGAGAUGUAACGAAUCGAAAAGUACAUUAUGAGCUUGUUGACAGGCCUCAUGAAGAUACGAGUGACAGAUUCAAAUUUCAGUUGAUUUCCAAACAUUCUCAGUCACAAAAUUAUGACUUCCAGUUUUCCAUUAAAGCUGAUGUUAAUAGUGUUUUCAUGGUGAAUACAGGACUCUCUCUUCUGGAAGGAGAGAGUCGACUUAUCACGAAAGAGGCGCUGUUUGCAGAAACUCUAAGCACGAAGGAGAUGUACUACACAGUCAUAAGCGGCCCCACACACGGAAAGCUUGCCCGUAUUAGUCAGUCAAAUUCAAACGAUACCUAUGACAACAUUUUAACCUUUAGCAAUCAAGAUAUUUUGAAAGAGCGAAUAAUGUACAUUCACGAUGACAGCGAAACGAAUUGGGAUGAGCUUACUUUCAUCGCAUCUACCAGCAAAGGUUUCAAAUCCUCCAUCGCAGAUGAUGAAACCGGCUCCAAAGAAGGAACGUUCAACGUGUCUAUACACCUCGUCAAUGACCAGAAGCCGAAACGUGUCAUAGAUAAGGUUUUUCACGUAGUAAGGAAUGGACAGAGGCUGCUCACUUUAGAGGAUCUGCGUUACCAUGACGCCGAUUCUGACUUCGAUGAUGGUCGUUUGAUUUACUCUCGACGUGGCAUCCCAAUGGGAGACCUGGUGCUGGUUAAUGACACUACUCAUCGGCUGUUUGAGUUCCGACAGAAGGAUUUGGAGGAGAGAAGAGUUCUGUUCAUUCAUAAAGGCAUGAGCACCGGCAGGUUUGUGCUGUUUGUCUCCGAUGGAAAACAUUUUGUAUCGAGCCUUCUAGACGUCAGUGCACAAGAUCCCUUCUUGAAGGUGGGCAACAACACUGGCUUAUUGGUUCAAAAGGGCAAAUCAGCAACAUUAUCCACAAGUAAUUUCAGCGUGGAAUCCAAUCUUGACAUCAGGGAUGACGGAGAAAUUCUUUUUAAAUUGGAUCAGGCUCCCAAGUACGGAGGACUUUAUUGGAAUGAAGCAAAGGUGGAGUCAUUCACAUUGUCUAAAUUAAAGGAAGGCCUGGUCUCCUACCGGCACAAUGACACCAACCACCUGGCAGACUAUUUCAAUCUAACAGUGAAAGCUAAGGAUCUUCAGCUUGCAGUGAUGAUCAAUGUGAAGGUUUACCUGGAAAGUCACCAGAGGCCACCUAUUCUGCAGCAUCACAACACCUUACUGGUGGAAGAGGGAAAACCAGUAAAGAUCAGUGAAACUGAGCUUGAGGUCACUCACGAGGACAACCUGCCAUCCGAGAUCGUACUCACAGUAAAGGUAGCCCCCUCCCACGGCUUUCUGCGGCGUUUUGUCGAGGCAGACGCUCGCUACGUCGGCACCAAGCAGUCCCCUGUCAAGACGUUUACCCAGGAGGACAUUAACAGCGGCAACGUUCAGUACAUGCAGGAGGCGCCCGGUGAAGUCAGUGACACCUUCACCCUCGGUGCCACGAACGGGGUCACCGACGUCAGCGACAUUAGGAUGUCCGUGGACAUCAUCCCCCGCCUCAUCCCACUUCAGGUCUCAAAUUUCACACUGAGCGAAGGCGCCUCCAAGGCCCUGACCCCGGACGUGCUCAAAGUCAGCAACCGCCACUUUUCUGGAAUCGACUUCCUGUAUAGUUUGACUGAGCCCCCACAGCACGGUCACAUUGAGCACUCUCGACAGCCUGGGGUGGGCAUCACCUCUUUCUCCAGGAGGCAGGUGGAACAUGAAUUCAUUUACUACGUCCAUGACAGCAGCGAAACCUCAGCUGACAGCUUCACUGUGGUGGCCAAUGACACAGGCCUGAGGAAGCAGAGUGCAGCCCAGACGGUGUACAUCCAGGUUACAGCUGUCAACGACGAGCCUCCUGUUAUUGCAGCCAACAGGGUCCUGAGGGUGUGGGUGUCGUCGGUGACGGAGAUCAGGCCCGAGGAUCUGAAGGCGCGGGACGAGGACUCUCCUCCAGAGCAGCUCUACUUCAUGGUGACUCCUCCGAGCAACGGGCACCUCGCCCUGAAGAGCGCUCCCAUGAAGGCGGUGCUCAACUUCACCCAAGCACACGUUGACCACGGCCAGCUGUUGUUUGUGCACAAAGGUGCCACAUCUGGAGGAUUCAACUUUCAAGUCAAUGACGGUGUCAACUUCACCCCGAGGCAGAUCUUCAGCAUCACGGCCAGAGCUUUAGUUGUGAGUCUAGAAAAGAACCGACCACUCAAAGUGUUCCCAGGCUCAUCUACGUCGAUCACAAAUGAGGAUUUAUAUGCUGUGACCAAUGAUGCUGACAACACCUCCAACCGCACCAUAACAUUUAACGUGAUCAGGCCUCCUAAACUGGGCCGUCUGGUGAGAAGACAGUCUGAUGAUUCUACUGCAGACAUCUCAACGUUCACACAAGACAUGGUGAACAGAAGAGAGGUUGUGUAUGUUCAAGCCCCCAUUGAAUCUGUGGGCUGGGAAGCGAUGGACUCCAUGACCAUCUCCGUGGCUUCGCCUCCGGCUUCUCUGGACAGCCAGGCCUUCAAAAUAGACAUCUCCUAUGAGAACACUGGACCUGAGCACAACACGGUCCUUAUCGCAAACACAGGUGCUGAAGUCACAGAAGGCGAGAGCGUCGUGAUCGACAGGUCCAAGCUCGACGCCUCCAACCUCAUGUCCAAGUUGCCGACAGAUCAGCGGAGUUCCCACGAGGUGUGGUUCCAGGUGACGUCGCUCCCUCAGCAUGGCGUGAUCGUGGUGGGUGAGAGGAACCUGACCAAGGAGAAGCCCAACUUCUCCCAGUUCAUCCUCAACAGAUACGGCAUCACCUACAAGCAUGACGGCUCGGAGUCGACUGCUGACGGCUUUGCGUUCAGUGCGUGGCUGAAUCCUAAGGGCAAAACAGCCCAGCGCCCUCAGGACCAGGGCGACGUAGUGGAGGAGCAUUUUAACUUGACAGUUGUACCUGUGAACGAUCAGCCGCCUCUGCUUAAGACUAAAGCGCCGAGUCUGAGGGUGGUGCAGGGAGACGCAGUGGCCAUCAGGCCUGAGAACCUCAAGGUCGAAGACUUGGACAAUUCUCCCGACGAUAUUAGGUUCUCUGUGAUCAGCAAACCAAAUAACGGUUAUCUGGCUCUCAAAGGACGUUUAAAUGAGUCCAUAGUGGCCUUCACUCAGGCCCAAGUCAAUAACGGAAGCGUGUAUUUCAUACAUGAUGGAAGUUCCGUCUCGGGGGUGUUCUACUUUAGCGUCACAGAUGGACAUCAUAAGCCAAUAUAUAAACUCUUUAACCUAGAGGUGACAGAAAUCACCAUUUCAUUGGUGAACUUCACUGGACUGACACUGGACCAAGGGAAGACGUCGGUGCCGCUGACGCCCGACAACCUCGCUGCCAGGUCCAACGGGAAGAACCGCACGCUCCAUUACCUCAUCACAAGGCCCCCGAACUUCGGCAAAGUUCUGAAGGACGACCAGGCGGUGACACGCUUCUCCCACGAGGAUCUCCGCGCUGGGAGGAUGUCCUACCACAUGAUCUCCCUUUCCUCCUCAGAAGAUAGCUUUGGCUUCAGCGCAUUCACCUCAGAGGCGAAUCUGACCGGCCAAGUGCUCAAUGUGACCGUCAGACCCCUGAUCCAGAUGGGCAAAGAUGUCAGGAUUCCCACUGGUGGCGUUGUGAGAGUCAACGCUAGCUUCCUGAACGCCUCACAGCUGGCUAAAGUUAGCAACAGUGACCCUACGUUUGAAGUGCUUUCUCAUCCUAAGAACGGGAAGGUGGUUCGGAUCCAACCCUCGACCACCAGGCAAACUGUCCCAGCUGACUCCUUCACCUUCCAAGAGGUGGUUCAGGGGAAGGUGGCGCUGGAGUUGAACGCCAACAUGACGGAGGUCCAGGAGCUGAACGACUCCCUGGUGUUCGAGCUGAAGGCCCGUAACACCCAGCCUGCCAAGGGGGAGCUCCACUUCACAGUUGUGCCCCACGAUCCAGCUCUGUUUCCGACCACGAGGAGCCCCGUCCCGACCACGACGCCUGUUCUUCAGACGCCGGUCCAGACCUCCAGAAACGCGAGCGUGUCCCCGUUCCUCUCCACAGCUUUCCUCUCCACCCACCAGCCCAGCGAAAACCAGCAGAGGUUCAAGGGACGCAGCCGCUGGGGGAACUCCAACAGAACCAGCGUUUCGGGCACGACGCUCGGCAAACCCACGCGCGGAACGGAGGAGUUCCCUUUCAUCAACACGCCGGUCCGUGUGGAGUCGUAUCCGCAGAAGACGUCCAACCCGCUGCUGGUCAUCCUGCCGCUGCUGGCCCUGCUGCUGCUGGUGCUCAUCUUUGUGGUCUUGGUCGUCUUCCUCCGGCACUACAGGCAAAGGAAGCAGAGCACCGCUGACCCAAACGAGCCGCCCUGCACUGGGCUCCCGAGCAGCCAGUCGUACCCGGGCCCGACCCAGCGGAGCACGACCGUCCCCACGGUGACGGUCACUCCCCUCGUCCCCAGCUGCCCAGGAAGCCCUGCUCUCGACCGGCUGCUGGCGUCAAAUCAAGGCUCCGCUUAUGGCACGGAUUCGAACAUGCUCGUGAGUUCCUGGAGUAACGGCUCCCUGUCGGCAUCUUCCCAGAUCAUUAGAAGCGCUACUCCCACUCUGCAGAAGAAUCAGUAUUGGGUGUGAUCGUUCAUUGUCCACUGUGUAGCUAUACAUACUGUAUGUGUUCACCGAUACUGUUACAUACUGAAACGUGUGUGUGCACUUAAACGCGGCUGCAGUGAACCGUUGCCUCUGAUGGUGAAGCUGCAUCAAUCAAUAGUUUGAACCGUCCAUUAUCUGUGUUGCUAAACCCCAGCUGCUUGUGGACAAGAGGCAGGGAAAGAGUGGCAGAGGACAGACCACUGUUCCCUCUAAUCACCAGCCUGCAUGCGUUUGGAAACCCACAUGAGCACAGCUCGCAGACGACUGUGCCCCGAGCUGCCCUCAGCGCCACUGGGCAAAUAUUCCUAUUAACUCAAUAAUGCUAAAAGGUCAAUUUAAAUCAACUAAGGCUUUGCACAAUUUAGAUUAUAUGGAAAAAAUGGCAUAAAAUUGCAGCAAACCUCCAAACAGAAGUGUAUGAAGAAAUGUACAGACAUAUGCUCUAAUACCGCUAAUAAUAAUACUGUUUUCUUCAUUUGCAUAUAAAUUGUGCAGCUUUAAAGGUGGAUAGAGAAGAAAGGUGAAAAUGGCCAAAGUCCCUCUUAAAUCCAUGAUGGUUUCUAAUCCAACACCAACCUCUGCUGCAUUUUAUGAGCCAGACUUGGUCCACGUGAGCAUUUACAAGCGUCAUCAUCGUUGUGGUACAUUCGUAUGUCUGGUGCCUGAUGUGUGGUCAAUCACACAUUGUGACCUGGUCCUCUUGCAUGUCGACGUUUCUCCCUCUGAGUCAUGAGCGCACCUUGAAACUGUGAAUUCCUACGACUGAUGCGCAAUGUCCAAGAAUCAAGCUGAUUGUGCAGAUUUUAUAUUGUUGUGUAUCAUACGUCACGGUCGAGCAACUUUUUUGUAAUCUCAGGUAUUUUGUUAAUGGUCAGUCAUGUUUCAUUUAAUUGGGGUUGCAUGUAUUCUCAUGAUUGAGAUGUUGAACGUUACAAGUCAUUCUAGAACUUCCAGCUCUGUCACACAUGUACCCAGCAUGGCUGUGUGUGUAGGUGGACUACUGAUCAUAAGGUUUCUGCUACCAAAACACUUUUAUUGUUAACACUGAUCAAAUCACACUGGGCGACACGUCAGCACUGUUUAUUCAAUCUUUUAAUUACUACACAUACUAUUGUAUUAUACAAGAUCAUUGCAUGAUGAUGCACCGAUCUUAAUGUAUCUAUGCAGUUGUUCAUCUGUUGGGAUAUUCUCCUACAGUUGAUCCACAGUAGCUUCAUGAAGCCAGAAUUUAAAUUUAAAAGCCAUAAUUUGGAAAAAGGAGACAAUUAGUCAGCAUCACAGACAAUACAGACGAUCUGAACAUUGUUGCCCUUUAUAUAUUUUGACGACAUUGUGAUGAUGUGUCUGCUCUGAGGCGAUGGGAGAUGACGAAGCGCUGUCACUGGAAACCACUGUAAACAUAGGUGUUAUUGAAUCAUUUUGUAUUGAACAUUAGUGUCUAUCCAGUGUAACCCAGUCUCAUCUGAAUGAUGUAAACUACUGAAUAUUUAUUUAUACCAUAUUUUUAAUAAAUUACUUUCAGCAGUAUCGUA